AAAAACCGUGUCUUCUAAGAGACUCCUUCGUAAUUAUACGUACUGAGUGAGUGGGAAGAGGAAGGCUAUAUUUUCAAUGAGCAAAACAUUGUCUGUCAAACGUCACAUGGGGCCGAGAACGAUGGCUUCCUGAAAUGCUUUUCAUCGACGUUGGUUUAUUUUGUUAUUCACUACGGUAGAAUUGGGAUUUUAAUUCAUUUCUGUGUCGAUUUUUUAUUUCUACCGCAAUGAUAAGCAAAGUAAAAAAUGCGAUGUCCACGCUGGUGGGUGGAAUGAUGCCCCACGGUCAUCAUCAGCAUCACGGAUCCGGGAACGUUCACCACCAGAAUUGUCACCAGGAUGGUCUGCCUCCGCGGUUCCCAUACGGUCGACCCGAGUUUUUGGACCUUACACCGGAGCUUCUUCAAUACUCGACAGAACAUGCAUCCCGGCCGGUGUUGACGUUGAGGAGGGACAGCAGGCUUCCCUGGAGGACGGGAUAUGCAGAGACCAUCAAUGCUGGAAAGAGCAUGCUGAACGAGGACCAAGCGUCCUGUGAGCUGCUCUACGUGAAGAAGCUGAGUGAGAAAAAGCAACGCAACUCCACGCUGCUGGAAGACAAUGCGGAUGGCACAGGGAUCCCUCUGCAGUACUGGGGGGUGUUCGACGGACAUGCUGGCUCGGGUUGCGCCAUUAUGGCGUCCAAACUCCUCCAUCGCCUCAUCAGGGAUAGACUUGGAGAUAUCGCUCAUCUGCUGGAGAACCCGUCCACAGCACCCCCCAUCUGCCUCGCCAAGAACGGCAGCCCAUACCAGGCGGAGGGUAAGAAGGGGGCGAACGCCAUCCAGGACCCCGAGGAGCCUGACGCCAUCACGGACCCGUCGAUCCGUUUCCACACGGAGAAGGCUGUCAGCCUGGAGAGUCUGAUUGUGGGCAUCAUCGAAAACUCUUUCAAACAGAUGGACGAACUGAUAGAGAAAGAGAAGGUGUCCUAUGCCAUCUCUGGUGGAUGUUGCGCCUUAGCGGCCAUCCAUUUGAUGGGGAAGCUCUACGUCGCCAACGCCGGAGACAGCAGAGCCAUAAUCAUCCGUAAAAAAGAGGUCAUCCCCAUGUCCAACGAGUUCACCCCAGAGUCCGAGAGACAGCGUCUGCAGUACUUGGGCUUCCUGAGACCAGAGCUGCUUGGGAACGAGUUUACGCACUUGGAGUUCCCUCGCAGGAUCCAGCACAAGGAACUUGGCAAGAAGAUGCUUUACAGGGACCACACAAUGAACGGCUGGGCUUACAAGACCAUCGUAGAAGACGACCUCAAGUUCCCGCUUAUAUACGGAGAGGGCAAAAAGGCCCGUGUCAUGGCCACAAUUGGGGUAACACGUGGCCUAGGGGAUCAUGACCUGAAGGUGUAUAACUCCAACAUCUACAUCAAACCCUUCCUCUCCUGCUGUCCAGAGGUGAUGGUUUACGACCUGUCUAAGUACCAGCACGGACCCAACGACGUGCUGGUCAUGGGUACGGACGGGCUCUGGGAUGUGACCACGGACAGGGAGGUAGCGGACGCGGUUUCAAGCUUCCUGUCCUGCUGCGAGCCGGCUGAUCCCGUGAGAUACACGCUGGCUGCCCAGGAGCUGUUGAUGCGGUCGAGGGGUGUGUUGAAGGAAAGGGGCUGGCGGUUACCCAAUGAGAGGCUGGGUUCAGGAGAUGAUAUCACUUGUUUUGUGAUCCCUUUGUCGGGACCGGCGGGCCCCGAGACAUGACAGGCCACGCCCCGACACCCUAUCAGGACUAGCUCCCUAGGACCUACCAGGGUCACUUCGUCCCCCCUAAUCUGGGGGAGGGGAGAAGAAAACACCUCCCUGACAGGGAAGCUUAAGGCUGGAGAGCCGGCCGCUCCCGCCUGAGGACCGGCCCGUCUCCCUGGUUUCUGCACCUCCUCACUCACUCGCCUGACGACCAGCCCGUCUCCCUGGCUUCUGCACCUCCUCACUCACCCGCCGGGCUCUCCGUGUUGUAUUUGUUCAGUACGAGAGUCCCAGGCGUUCGAUGACAUUACCUGACUGACCAAAAACAUGUCCAUUUCUGACACCUGCUCCUCGAAGAUAACCCCCGCCCCGAUCAUUUAACUUUUUUAUCCCUCUUGAAAUGUUAUUGCUGAUAAAUGCAGACACAGGUUUUGUCGUCUGAUAGCAAUGCUUGGUUAGCCCUUCUAAAAAAAAAAAAAAGUUAUACUUUGACCUUACAACCCUCCGAUGGGAUUUAUGGAAUGCUGCUGAAAUAAUCAAAUGUACGCCUUGUGUAGAGGACAAAAUGAAAGGUGGAGGUUGUUGGGUCUGCACUGUCUAGAAUCAAGUGGUAAUGUCACAACUCUUAGGUAGACAGUGGUACUCUGUGGAGAAAUAAGUAUAUCUGAGUCAUCUGUGUGAGGCCGGGAGAUGCUUCUGGAACAUGGAUUGGGGAUGUUGAAUCAGGAAGAAGAUGUGAAGGAGUCAGCCUGUUAUCUGUCCUGUGCCAGUACUGCACCUCAACUCCAAUGUCAAAGCAGUUGUGAAUGAUGAGGGAUGUGAAUCCUGAAGCACUUUAUGACAGUUAGUCUGUUUAGUGGUAAGGAAUUUAAAGGCACUUUCAAUAACUUUCCUUGUUUUCUGAGAUAUUGUUCGUAUUGAAAGUAGAUAGUCGUUCUGACAAAAAACUAAUAACGGACUGAGAUGUCCGUGACCUUUGUCUGUUGUAAAGUCAUCUUAUAAUAUAGUAGAUCCAAACCCAAAUUUUAGAGCUUCUUUUGAUGGUGUAGGUGAAGUGUUGUUUUGAAUGAAACAAUGGUUUCGUUCCUCUCAAAGUGUUCCUACAGAAUGUAUUGGUUUAUUUGAGUAUUUUUUCCCAGAUUUAAAAAAUGCACACUUUUAUGCUUCAUUGCAACUUAAAGAAAUAUUCCAUACUGUACUGUACUGUUUUGUAUUUUUUAUUCUGAUUAACGAAGUGUGAUUGAGAAUCUGUUUGUCAAUAUGUCAAUUUCACUUGACUGCCUUACUACUCGUAUAGAUCAUUGUGGGCCAGGAACUGGAUGUUUGUUAAAUCAUUGUAUAAUAUCAAAUUGUUCAUUUCACUUAUGUCAGAGGAAGUCAGAAGAAAAAUUAUUUUGCCCUUCGAUGUCUUGCUUCUCUCUUAGAUUAUAUAUUUUUUUUGUAUGUAUAAGUACUUUAUCCAUGGCUUUUAAAUCAUUGGUUAAAAGCUGUAUCAUAAAUAUUGCUUUAUUUAUAUUCCUAUGCUCAUUUCAUUGUAACCUAACUCCCCUAAAGAAUGGGAUGCAGAACUAAUAACUUUAUGUAAAUUAUGGAAUUGUAGCUAAUGCUGUUAGAUAAUGAACAUGCAGUCCAGAAAUAAACCCUGUUAACUUUUAAA